AUGGCAACCAUUGCCGAAGCUCUAUCCCAUUUGACUCUUUCUCCUUCAAACACUCACAAUACCUACCAAGCUUCCACAUCUAGUUUUCUACUCUCUCAACCUCAACCAAAUCCCAAGGGAAGCAUCAAUGCUAUCACCCUCAACGGUCACAAAUUAGAUGAAGUUGUUCUUGAGCCUACAAGUUUGAGCAAGGAAUCCCAUAAUAAAGGAAUGGAAGAAGAAGUGGGCGUGGUUGGAGAUGAGAUGGAGAAUAUUGCAAGAGAAGAGGAGGAUCUAUUGAAGAUCUUCAAGAAUGUGGAAGUUACCGUGUCUUUUUUUCAAGCCAUCCAACAAGUUCUAAAGUACGCCAAAUUCCUAAAGGAUGUUUGCACUCAUAAGGACAAGAUUGGUGAGCUAAACAAAUAUCUGGUGAAUGACACUAUUUCUUCUCUCAUUCCAGAAAAGUAUAAUGAUCCCGGUCCUUAUUUGGUUGGUGGGAUAGAGUUCAUGGAUUGCAUGUGUGAUUUGGGAGCUCGUGUAAGCAUUAUGCCCCUUCCUAUCUAUGAAAAGUUGAACUUGUCACCAUUAAAGAGGUCCAGAGCGAGAUUUGUGUUGACGGACAAGAGUAUUGUGUCGGUUGUAGGAAUUGCGGAGAAUGUAUUGGUCAAUAUUCAAGAGUUGCUUUUUCCGGUAGAUUUUCAAAUUUUGGAGACCCCUCCAAUUGAUUCGGACAAGCCAUCCUCUAUUCUCUUUGGGAGACCAUUUUUGAAGACGUCUCGAUUUAAGUUGAUGCAUUUUCGGGGGCUUACUCGUUUGAAGCUGGUGGGAAAGUAG